GCUCAACCGAACACACGUGCGUUUAGUUGGUUUUGUUAGAAGGCGUGUUCGGAUUUAUAAUAUACAGCGUUUAGAUCUUUGUAAUUUGUAAUUUUAUUGAGCACGAUAACCUGUUAGUACAGACUUUGAAUCAGAUCAAGGAAGUUACUUGGAUAGUGGUAAAUACAAAUAAAUAAAUAAAUAAAUCUUUAUACCGAAGUGAACUGUUCUCGGGGUACAGUACAAUUUAUCAUUAAAGAUGAAACCGAAGCCCACUAAGAAACGGCACGAUCUGGAGAGCAUGUCGCUGGACAACUUUCUGGAUAAUAUAGAUGCGGAUUUAGACGACGACAGUAGCAUGGAUGUUACCUCGGCGCCAGAGACUAACCUGGGUCCACCGAUUAAAACAAGACUAAAAAUGCAGAAUGGGGACAAUGUUAAGCUGGAGACGAAAACUGUUGAUAAGAAGAAGAAAACCAAAGAUAAAGUAAGCAAAAGAAAAAAGGUAAAAGUGGAACCAAAAGAUUUGGGUUCUGACGCCGAGGAAACCGACGGACAGAAGGAUGUGGAGAGAGAACAUCAGCAAGCGUUGGCCAAGUUGAAGGGAACUGAUCCAGAAUUGUAUGCAUUUCUAAAGCAAAACGACAAAAAACUGCUUAAAUUCGGAUCAAUGUCACAAAGUGAUGAUGCUAGUGAUGAUAGUGACGAAGACGAAGAUAACGAUGACGAAGACGACGUUGAAGAAGGGAUUGUACAUAAGCUUCCGGACAGGCUGGAAGUUGCUAGCGACGAAAGUGAUUUUGAAGAUGAAGAUGAUUCCGAAGAUGGAGAAAAUGAGGACGAUGUUGAGCCAGGAACCCAGAAGAAAAUUACGUUGAAACUACUGCAGAAAUGGACGGAAGAUUUGACUACCUUUCCAUUGAAAAACGUGGAGAUAAUACGUACUGUCUGUAAAGCAUUUAAUUCGGCGUUGGUCACGGUGACAGGUGAACAGAACGUGAUUCCUGCCUACAAAGCGGAAGGUUCUGCUAUUUUUAACGGAGUAGUACAACUUUGCGUUCUCCAUCUCGGUAAUGCCGUUAAACAGUAUCUCAACGUGAAGAGCUCAAAGGAAUACAAAAAUCUAAAAAAGAACAAAAAAUUUUCCAAGGUGCAGGCUUGCCUUCGAAUGUAUCUAACAGAUUUGACCAAUUUAUUAGAGAAUGUUUCGUCUUCUAAUAUUAUGAAUGUGUUACUGAAACAUCUACAUCAGUUUUCGUCGAUAUUGGUAUGCUAUCCGUCGAUUACGAAGCCAAUCUUGAAACGCAUGAUCAUAAUAUGGAGUACCUCUGAGGAGGAAUCGAUUCGGGUACUGGCCUUCCUUUGUAUCAUUAAGAUUACAUGUGGUCAGAUGCGACGAUUUUUGAGCGAUGUCUUGAAAAACAUGUACUUGGCCUACGUAAAGAACAGUAAGUUUGUUAGUCCGAAUACGCUUCCCGGAAUCAACUUCAUGAGACGAUCCCUAACGGAAAUGUUCACAUUGGACAUGGUCGUUUCAUAUCAGCAUGUAUUUCUUUAUAUCCGUCAAUUAGCAAUUCAUUUGCGAAAUGCGGUUAUCCUUCAGAAAAAAGACAGUUUUCAGUACAUCUACAACUGGCAGUACAUAAACUCGCUAAAACUCUGGUCGGACGUUUUGGCCGCAACCCACAAUAAGAAAGAGCUUGAACCACUGAUUUACCCAUUCGUCAGUAUAGUUACCGGGGUCAUCAAACUUAUUCCGUCGGCGCAAUACUUUCCACUUCGUUUCCACUGUUGUAAAAUGUUGAUUGAUUUGACCGCCCGAACCCGAAUUUUCAUUCCGGUUCUUCCAUUCCUGGUGGAAGUGCUCAACUCUAGUAGCUUCAACGAAGAACACAAAAAGCUGUCGAUGAAACCUGUCAAUUUGACAUGUUUGCUCCGAUUUGCACCGGCUAACAUUCAGGAAAAUGCCUACAAGGACGCCGUGUUGGAUCAAAUAUACGAGCUUUCGCUCGAAUAUCUAGCUUACGAGUCGCAUUCGAUUUGCUUCCCUGACUUGGCCACUCCAAUCGUGACCGCACUUCGCAAAUUCUGUAAAACCACGAAAGUUUACAAAUAUUCGCGCAAAAUCAAACAACUGAGCGAUAAAAUCGUAGAAAACAGUAAUUUUAUCGAGAAGGAGCGCACGUUGCACCCGGUUCGACUGAAUGAUAUUUCCGCUAUUCAAAGCUGGGAGGCAACGCGGAAAGCCAACGGAACACCAUUGUUGACAUUCUAUCAAAGUUUCGCUAAGGAAAACGAGAAGGUCAAACGGCGGCAGGCGACACAGUCGGAGGAUAUCAGCGAUUACAAUCUGCCGACGAUUACGAAGCUCGAUAAGAAACCUACUGCGACAAAGGAAGGACCUACGGAACUCUUCCCAUCGGAUGAUGAUGAUGAUGAUGAUGAAAAUGACAACUUUGAGGAUGUUGAUCCGGAAUUUGACUCAACAGAAAAAAAGAAAAUUCCAAAAAAGCAAAAGCUAGAACCUAAGGUAAAGAAGACGAAAAAGAUGAAAGAAAUCGCCGAAAAGAAGGAAACAAAGAAGAAUAAACUCAAACCGACCGGAGAGAAUGCUGAUUUUCCCCUGGAAAGGACGGAUAAUAACGAAGAAGUCGACAUAUUGAAAGAUUUAACUUUGGAAGAUUGGGAAUAGGGAUCAGUGUUACAUAUUUCUAUAAACAGUUAUAGAAUACCUUUAUUUUUGCAAUUUCACUGAAAACUAAAAAUAAAGAGAUGUUUGUGCUCUAAAACAAAUCACAA